UCUCUUAUCGGCGAGGAAACUUCAAACCCGCUCGUCCCAUAUUAACCUGUGGUUCAGCCUCCUCUGGACUGUUUGUCUAAAACAGCUGUGAACACACGAGUCUGUUUUCUGUUUUUAAAGAAAAGAAAGAACACAGCAGCACCACCUUAACAUCAUGCCUGUGCGGGUGGUGAUGCAGGGUCCCGGACCCUGGGGAUUCAGGCUGGUUGGGGGAAAGGACUUUGAGCAGCCGCUGGCUGUUUCCCGGGUCUCCCCUGGGAGUAAAGCAGCUCAGGCCAAUCUGUGUAUCGGAGACAUCAUUUUGGCUAUCGAAGGAGAGUCAGCAGAAAACAUGACUCACUUGGAAGCGCAGAACAAGAUUAAGGGCUGUAUAGAUGAGAUGGUGCUCUCCAUAGACAGGUCGGAAGCUAAAUUGUGGUCGCCACUUUCAUGCAAGGAAGGGAAGACGCAUCCAUACAAGAUGAAUCUUGAAUCAGAGCCUCAGGAGGUGAAACACAUUGGGUCCACCCACAACAGGAGCGCCCUGCCGUUUGCUGGUUUUGGCCCUAAAGUUGUGACCAACCAGUACAACAGUCCCUCUGGUCUGUACUCUUCAGAGAACAUCAAGAACUUCAACUCGGCUGUGGACGAGGUGAAGACCAUCGCUACAGCCAAUGAAGCCACCAGCAAAUCUCCUUCAGAUCCGUCAAAAAUGAACAAGCGGCCGCCUGUGACUGCAGAUUCAGAGGUCUACAAGAUGCUACAGGAAAACCAAGAGUCCGAUGAGCCUCCACGACAGUCGGCUUCUUUCAAGGUGCUUCAGGAGAUCCUUGAGACUGGUGACCCUGAUAAACCUUCAGGGUUCAGGAGUGUGAAGGCACCCACGACAAAGAUCGGCUCAUCACUGGGGGGUGUAGAGAAGUUACCCAUCUGUGACAAAUGUGGAUCUGGGAUUGUGGGGAUUGUGGUGAAGCUGAGGGACAAGUUCCGUCACCCCGAGUGCUACACCUGCACAGACUGCGAAACCAACCUAAAACAGAAGGGACAUUUCUUUGUGGAGGACCAGAUUUACUGUGAGAAGCACGCACGGGAGCGAACAACUCCGCCUGAGGGCUACGACGUGGUCACAGUCUUCCCCAAGUAGAGCGCCGGCUGAGCUCAGCCUUGGACUGCACACCACCAAAUGACACAACAUAAUCCAAAACAUUACAGUAUUUAGCUCAUGCUACUCCUAAGACAAUCAAAUGAUUCUAUCUCUCUCUGGCAUUCCGCUUCAGUACAGUCACUGAAACUACCUGUUUUCAAAAUGUCGAUUUGCACAUUAACUUAGGCUACUACAAAAGGUGAAUUGAUUACUACCCCUAAAAUUGUAUCAGAAUGACAGCCAAUUUUUGUCUUUGUACAUGUGAGUCAUGUUUUUUUUUAGCAGACAAACUUCCCCAAGAGACAACAUAGUUUUCUACACUUUUAUUAAAUAAAUAGACCAACAUUUGAAUGUCAUUGCCAAAUAAAUAUUUUUAUCUUUAA